GCCAAAGAGAGAAGAUUCUUGAGUUUGUGUGUUUUAUAAAACCAGAAGACGAAAAGAUUCUGAGCUUCGACUGCAGGACGGAGUUUGGAGUUUAAUUUGACCAGACACCUCCCCCCUCCCCGACCUGCUGCUGCGAAGGGAAAUCGAGUCCAGAAGCCCGAUAAAAGGAGAACACGAGGAAAUAAACAGCCGCAAUAAACAAGAAGAGGGCGAGGAAUAACAGGAAGGCGUUAUGUGCUGGGAGGACUGGAGGGACAAAAUGUGAAGAGAAAGAAAAAGAAAGAAGGUCGCUUUAAUUUUGUGCUCCUGUUUUGGCUGCUGCCGGUUUCCGGAGUGAAUUUCUCAGAGGAUGCCGCCGCUGCUGCAUCUCCGAGCGCAGAGAGCUCCUCACCAUCCGCGCAUCUGAUAGUGAUAAACGGCCGAAGGAGGAAGAGCAGGAAGGGAGGAGGAGGAGAUGCUGGCUGGACCUUCAGAAGGAUUUCCCUGAAGCAUCUGUCAGCAUCUCAGUCGCAUCACUGCCGACUUCUGUCGGACGCGAAGGGAGAGGAACCCCAGCAGAAAAGCGCGGAUAUUUUCCGUUCUCCUAAAUUAUUCAUCUGCUUUCUGCGCUCCGCACACACUGCUGUCUUUGUCUCACAUCUUCAGAGGAUGAUUUCAAACGCAGAGGCGGCGGACGGCGCCCCGGAUUGCUCCAGCAGAGCGACAUGCAGCCUGAAAUAACCCCGGAGUCCGACAGCAAAGCGGCGGAUAAAUCGUCUUCUCAUCGGCGCACUGCUGGCUCUGGUUGCUCAAGCUUCCCUGCGGCUUUCCGUCCAGCUGAUGUUACCCGAAGAUGGAGGGUGUUACUGCUGCUCAACGUGCUGGCGGUCGCAGGGUUCAUGACCUUCUGGGCCAAGUGCAACACCCGCAGCGUGCAGGCGGCCGGUCCGGAGGCUCCGGCUGACGGGAGGCGGCCCGGGGCCAACGGGACGGUGCAGGGGCCCAGCGUGAGCCACGAGGUGCUGCUGAAGAGGCUCAGCUCGCUGGAGGAUGUGGUGUACCGGCAGCUUAACGGUCUGUCCAAGUCCCUGGGCCUGAUCGAGGGCUUCGGCGGUCGCGGGAAAGGCGGCCUGGCCGCCACGCUUUCCCCGCUGGAGGAGAACGACGCCAAGUACCUGAAGGAGAAGUACGGCUACAACGCCUACCUGAGCGACAGGAUCUCUCUGGACCGGACCAUCCCGGACCACCGGCCCAACAAAUGUAGAAAAGUCAGUUACCCCCGAGACCUCCCCCAGAUCUCCCUCAUCUUCAUCUUCGUCAACGAGGCGCUGUCGGUCAUCCUGCGCUCCGUCCACUCGGCUGUCAAUCACACGCCGGCUCACCUCCUCAAAGAGAUCAUCCUGGUGGACGACAACAGCGACGACGAGCAGCUGAAGGGACCGCUGGAGGAUUACGUGAACAAGCGCUACCCUGGACUGGUCAAGAUCGUCAGAAACCAGAAGAGAGAAGGGCUGAUCCGGGCCAGAAUCGAGGGCUGGAAGGUGGCGACGGCGGAAGUUACCGGGUUUUUUGAUGCCCAUGUGGAGUUCACUCCGUCAUGGGCCGAGCCGGUGCUGGCCAGAAUAAAAGAGGACCACAAGAGGAUCAUCCUGCCGUCCAUCGACAACAUCAAGCACGAUACCUUCGAGGUGGAGCGCUACGAGAACUCGGGCCACGGCUACAACUGGGAGCUGUGGUGCAUGUACAUCAACCCGCCCAAGCAGUGGUGGGACGAGGGGGACAUGUCUGCACCCAUCAGGACUCCUGCCAUGAUUGGCUGCUCCUUCGUGGCCAACCGGGACUACUUUGGGGAACUCGGCCUGCUGGACUCGGGCAUGGACGUCUACGGAGGGGAGAACAUCGAGCUGGGCAUCAGGGUUUGGCUCUGCGGCGGCAGCAUGGAGGUGCUGCCUUGCUCCAGAGUGGCUCACAUUGCUCGAAUGAAGAAACCUUACCACAGCAACAUCGCCUUCCACACCCGGCGCAACGCUCUGCGUGUGGCAGAGGUCUGGAUGGACGAAUACAAAUCCAAUGUGUACCUGGCCUGGAACAUCCCCAUGGAGAACCACGGCAUCGACUUCGGCGACGUUUCUCAGAGAGUCGCACUGAGAAAGAAUCUGCAGUGUAAGAGCUUCCAGUGGUACCUGGACAAUGUUUACCCGGAAAUGAGGAGGUACAACAACACGGUGCUCUACGGAGAGAUCCGUAACUCCAAAGUGAGCCACCUGUGUAUGGAUCAGGGUAUGAAGGAAAACCACACAGCCACCCUUCACCCCUGCCAUGGCUGGGGUCCUCAGUUGGGACGCUACACCAAAGAGGGUCAGCUGUUCCUGGGUCCGCUGGGCAGCACCGGAGACGACACUCGCUGCGUGGUGGACGACCAGAUCAGCAGCUUUCCCCAACUCCUGAACUGUGACAAGGUGCCCAACGCCAAGCAGAAGACGUGGAGCUUCUCCCAGAACGACUCCAUCAUAAACCGGGCCACGGGUCGGUGUCUGGAGGUGGUGCCGGCCAACGUUUACUUUGGCCACCUGCUGGUCCUGCAGCCCUGCUCGGGUCAGAGGUGGACCAUCAAGAACGCCAUGAAGCAAUAGCCGACGGCGUGUCCCGUUUCCUGGGCUGCGAUUGGCUCGGCCUGGUCACAACGAGCCAAUAAGACACUGAUGCAAACCUUCAACAGAAAUGUUUUAUCAAGACUUUGGGUGCCGUGAAGAUUAACGUGAAUUAUUUUUUAUAAAAUGAACAUUCAGAAUGACAAACUAAGCAUGAGGACUGAUUCUGUCUGAUUUAUUUUGACUUAAUGUGUUGUUAUAAAUCCUCUGUGUGUGUGCAUGUGUGUGUGUGUGUGUGCGCGCGCU